AUGGUUUCCACCGCAGGAGGCAUCGUCAUCGCGAUUGUGGUGAUUUUGGUGGCGGCGGCUGUUGGAUGGGUUGUUUUCUCGCAGCUACGAGCGCGGAGAUUGGGGCUUCCGCCUCCGAGUCUAUCGUCGUAUCUGCCAUGGCAUAAAUCAGACACGCCCUACGGACCACCGAGACCGGCUCGCGGCGGCGUCGUCGGCUGGUUCAACGACCUGACGCGCAAGUUCAAGCACCGCAACGAUCGUUCGGCAACGGGCGCCUACGAGCAGUCGCUUCACAGCGGCCCCGGCUCCGGAAACCGCGGCUUUGGCCCGCUUGACCCCGACGAUGCGUGGGACUCGCGCGUGGGCAACGAGGCUGACGGAUACGGCUACUACGAGCAGGAGCUGGGAGGCCACACCGAGUACACCGGUGCAAACUACGGCGGCAGUCGGCUGGGCCCAGCGCCGCCGGCUCAUGCAGGCUUCGAAGAGGACGUUGAGCGAGGGCGACGACCGAGCAGAGACGCUGGAGCAGCGACGGCAGCUGAGGCUGGCCGCCGUCAGAACCCUUUUGACGAUGAUGCGCAGGUGAGCCUCAGGGGCGUCAGUCCGCGACCGAUGGACAUGGCGGGAGCAGGACACAGGGGGACGGGCGAUCGGCCGGGCAGUUCUGGCAGCAGCCAUGCUGAACGGCGAUCGAUAUUCCGAGAAGACGUCUAG